UCUUCCCACGACUAACCAGGGCCGGGCUGGAUUAUGAGCUCCAACAAGAACAGUCGCUACAAUCGUUUCUCCAGUGGCACAAGCACCAUCGCUACUCCUGAAAACACUAACGGGACGAGGAUGGAAACGACCUUCGGGCCGGCCUACUCCGCAGUGACGACCAUCACCAAGGCUGACGGGACCAAUACUUUUAAGCAGCAUCGGCGGACCCCGUCCUCCUCCAGCACGCUCACCUACUCGCCGCGGGACGAGGACGAUGGCAUGCCUCCGAUCAACACUCCACGUCGCUCCGACUCUGCUAUCUCCGUCCGUUCGUUGCACUCCGAGUCCAACAUGUCCUUGCGCUCAACGUUCUCACUCCAUGAGGAAGAGGAGGAGCCAGAGCCACUGGUGUUUGCUGAGCAGCCGUCCGUGAAGCUGUGCUGCCAGCUCUGCUGCAGCGUGUUCAAGGACCCCGUCAUCACAACCUGCGGGCACACGUUUUGCAGAAGAUGUGCCUUAACAUCUGAGAAGUGCCCCGUGGACAACGCCAAACUGACCGUGGUGGUGAACAACAUCGCGGUGGCCGAGCAGAUCGGGGAGCUGUUCAUUCACUGCAAAUACGGCUGCCGGGCUCCAGCCAGCAGCAAGCCCGCGGCCUUCGAGGUGGACCCCCGCGGGUGCCCCUUCACCAUUAAACUGAGUGCCAGGAAAGAUCAUGAAAGCAGCUGUGAUUACAGGCCAGUUCGCUGCCCCAAUAACCCCAGCUGCCCACCUCUCCUCAAAAUGAACCUGGAGGCCCAUCUCAAAGAGUGUGAGCACAUAAAAUGUCCCCACUCCAAAUACGGGUGUACGUUCAUAGGAAAUCAGGACACCUACGAGACCCACUUGGAGACUUGCAAGUUCGAGGGUCUCAAGGAGUUCCUGCAGCAGACAGACGACCGCUUCCAUGAGAUGCAGGUGGCAAUGGCCCAGAAGGACCAGGAAAUUGCCUUCCUGCGCUCCAUGCUGGGCAAGCUCUCAGAGAAGAUUGACCAGCUGGAGAAAAACCUGGAGCUCAAAUUUGAUGUGCUGGAUGAGAACCAGAGCAAGCUGAGCGAGGACCUCAUGGAGUUCCGCAGGGACGCCUCCAUGCUCAACGAUGAACUUUCUCAUAUUAACGCUCGGCUCAACAUGGGCAUCCUAGGAUCCUACGACCCUCAGCAGAUCUUCAAGUGCAAGGGCACCUUCGUGGGGCACCAGGGCCCUGUGUGGUGUUUGUGCGUUUACUCCAUAGGAGACUUGCUCUUCAGCGGCUCUUCAGACAAAACCAUUAAGGUGUGGGACACCUGUACCACGUACAAGUGCCAAAAGACCUUGGAGGGCCACGAUGGAAUUGUACUGGCUCUCUGCAUCCAGGGGUCUGCUGGCAGGGCCCCCCGGCCCCGCUGCGGCCGCGACUGCACCAUUAUUGUCUGGGAUAUUCAAAACCUGCAGAAAGUGAACACGAUCCGAGCGCACGACAAUCCCGUUUGCACUUUGGUCUCCUCGCACAACAUGCUGUUCAGCGGCUCCCUCAAAGCCAUCAAGGUCUGGGAUAUUGUGGGUACUGAGCUCAAGCUGAAAAAGGAGCUGACGGGUCUCAAUCACUGGGUGCGAGCGCUGGUGGCUUCUCAAAACUAUCUCUACAGUGGAUCCUACCAAACAAUCAAGAUCUGGGACAUCCGGAACUUGGAGUGUGUCCACGUGCUGCAGACGUCAGGAGGCAGCGUCUACUCCAUCGCCGUGACAAACCACCACAUCGUGUGUGGCACCUAUGAGAACCUCAUCCAUGUCUGGGAUAUAGAGACCAAGGAGCAAGUCCGCACGCUGACCGGGCACGUGGGCACCGUCUACGCCCUCGCUGUCAUCUCCACACCAGAUCAAACCAAAGUCUUCAGUGCAUCGUAUGACCGGUCUCUCAGGGUGUGGAGCAUGGACAACAUGAUCUGCACGCAGACCCUGCUGCGCCACCAGGGCAGCGUCACGGCCCUCGCCGUCUCCAGGGGCCGCCUCUUCUCCGGCGCCGUGGACAGCACUGUAAAGUUAAUUGGGACUGCAGAGAAGCUGCCCUGGCGCCGAACCGUCCUCCGCACCAGCUCCGAGCAGCGUCGGGCACGAGGGGCCAUUGAGCGGCCUCGGCGGCGGCAGGAGCCAGCCAAGGAGGGCAGAGCGGGGCUGCUGCUCCCCUUGUAA